AUGGCUCCAGUUCCAAUUCAAAUAGAUGAUGAAAAAUAUGAUGCAUCACAAUUCCAAUCAGCACAUCAUGGUAAAACAAGAAAUGGUUCAUUUACAGUUAGUAAAGAAAAUGCAACAUUAGCUAAAUAUCCAGAAUAUUUACCAACAUGGAAUCCUUUACAAAAAUUUCCAACUUAUAAAUUUCAAAAAUAUAAUGAUCCUGGUGUAAAAGGUGAUAUCAACUACAAGAAUUUAUUUCCUGCAGGUACUGAAGCUAAAGUUAAUAGAAUAACUCCAAAAUUAGGUUCAGAAAUUUCUAAUUUACAAUUAAGUUCAUUAAAUGAUUUACAAAAACAAGACCUUGCUAGAUUUGUUGCAGAAAGAGGAGUUGUAGUAUUUAAAAAUCAAGAUUUUAAUGAUAAAGGUCCAGAAUUUGCAACUGAAUUUAUGAAAUUUUUUGGUCCAUUACAUAUUCAUCCAACAUCAGGAUCACCUGAAAAUUUCCCUCAAAUGCAUAUUACUUUCAGAGGUGCUUCGCAACAAGAAAUUGAUUCAGUUUUUGCAAGUUCAACAAAUUCAAUAUCAUGGCAUAGUGAUUGUUCAUAUUCAUUAAAUUCUUUACAAUUAACUUUAUUUUCAUGUUUACAAUUACCUGAAGGUGGUGGUGGUGAUACAUUAUUUGCAAAUACUGUUGAAGCAUAUAAUAGAUUAAGUCCAGCAAUGAGAGAAAGAUUAGAAGGAUUACAUAUUUUACAUUCAUCAGUUGAACAAGCACAAGCUAAUAAAAAAGCAGGUGGAAUAUUAAGAAGAGAACCAGAAACUAAUAUACACCCUAUUAUAAGAACAAAUCCAAUUACUGGUCAAAAACAUCUUUAUGUGAAUAAAGAAUUUGGUAGAAGAAUAGUUGAAUUGAAAGAAGAAGAAAGUGAUUACUUAUUGAAAUUUUUAUAUGAUCAUAUUGAAGGUGCUCAUGAUUUACAAAUUAGAGUAAGAUGGGAACCAAAUGCGGUCUGUAUAUGGUCAAAUUCAACUGUGGUCCACUCUCCAGUUGUUGAUUUUAAUGAACCUGUUGUUAGACAUGCUUAUAGACUUAGUGUUAUGGGUGAAAGACCAGUUACUGAUUUAAAAUAUUUAAAUGAUGAAAAUUAUUUGAAAGAUAAAUAUGAUGAAUUUGGUAUUAAAUUCAACAAUGGUAUUUAA